AUGGCGGGACUACCGAACAAGAAGAGACGCCAUGAUAACAAAUCACAUCGCCCAACUAAAAAGCAGCGACAAGCACAAGCGUACAACAGCGACUCAGACAAUGAAGAAGAGCAGGAACAGCAGGCCUUUGACGCUGUCAAUCUGCUAGAUUCCGACGACGACAUUCACAAUGCGCCCGCGGACGAUGGCGCUGAUGCUGAUGAAAACUUGUCAUCCAGCUCAGAUGAGGAAACACCCGUGGUGAAGAAGGCCAAUGCCGAGAACAAAAAGUCAAAACAGCCAAAGCGCAAGGCUGCGCAACAAGAGGAAGACGACAACGAAGACAUGGAAGAGGCAGAAGAAGAGAGAAGCGAGUCGGAAAAUGACGACGAGGACGACGACAUGGAGGAGUUUGACAUGGGCGAAACAAAGACAAAGUCAAAACGAAACGACCCCACUGCGUUCGCUACGUCUCUGUCCAAGAUUCUAUCAACCAAGCUAUCCGCAUCAAAACGGUCAGAUCCAGUCUUGUCGCGAAGCGCUGCUGCGCAUGAGGCUUCCAAAGCUGCCGUGGAUAUUGCGCUGGAGGCCAAGGCCCGGAGAAAGCUCAAGGAGCAGAAGAGAGUUGCGUUGGAAAAGGGUCGUGUCAAGGAUAUUUUGGUAGCGACAAUCGAUGAGUCGGGUGAGCCGGAAAUGACAACUUCCGAUAUCCUGGCCAUUGAGAAGGGCCUGCGCAAGACCGCCCAGAGAGGUGUCAUCCGCAUGUUCAAUGCUGUAAGAGCCGCCCAGGUACAGGCUGCUGAUGCAGAGAAAAGUGUCAGGAAGGAGGGUGUCAUUGGUAAAAAUACGAGAGACGAGAAGAUCAAUGAGAUGAGCAAGAAGGGCUUUUUGGACCUGAUUGCUUCGGGAGGAGGCGGUUUAAAGAAGGCUCCUUUGGAAGAGGCGUAG